AGGAGAGAGACUCGCAGACUGAGUCAGUGUGUGUUGGUGUGUAGAUGUUGAGUGCACGGUGAAGAAUUCAGUCGCUGGAGGACUUUUUUUUUUUUUUUCCUCCUCGUCCUACUUAAACUUAUUUUCUUUAAAAAAACAACAAAAACCGACAGCGAGAGACGAGAGGAGGAGGCGGAAAAUUUCGAAAAUGCGAGAAGAAACCCAGGAAGAGAGUGUGUGCUUAUUAAAAAUUCAGCGCGGGAGAGCAGACAACAUUAUCGCCCCCCUCUUCAGAUGACUUGUGGCAGCGGCAGUGAGGAGAAGCUACGCCGCUAAAAAGAAACAAACAAAAAAAAAACGGUGUUGAAUGGGGUGAAACGAAGCGGGAUUUUUUUUUCUUCCUCCAGGAGUCCAAAGCAUUUCCCAAAAAAAAAAAAAAAAAAAAAAAGGGAAGGGGAGGAGAGGGGGGCAAAGAAAACGCCCUGCUGCUGCUGCCGCCUGUUGCUGCUGCUGCUGCUAUCUACAACAUUCAAACUUUUAUCGCCGAGUUGAAGAGGGACACGGAAUAAAAAAUGCAUCUUUCACUCAACGGGAGGUGAUUCAAGCGUGACGUCUGUCUGCGAAGCGAACAAGGAGCUCCGCUUUUUUGUUUUUACUUGACAAGUUUUGCAGAGCCGCUUUUUCUUUUUCUUUUUUUUUUUUUUGUGGGGAAUAAUAUUUUUCCUCCUCGUUGUGAUUCCUGUUUUGGAGGCGAGCUGGGUGGGCUGAGGAGCCCCGAAACGCUGCUCCGCUAGGCCCACAGGCCAUUAAAGCCACAGGAACAAAAGAGCUUUCACAUGUCAUAAAGACAAAGUUUGUCAGGAGGACGAAAAACCUUCUUCUUCUUCUUCUUGUUCUUCUUCGCAGACAUUAUUAUAAGACACUCUUUUUAAGUUUAACUUUGGGAACGACACGACGCUGCGGUCAUGUCGCUGGGCGCCGAGAGGAGGAUGGAAACCCGGCUGAAGAAGCUGGAGGACAUGAUCCGAGACCCCAGGUCUGCCAUAAACCUGGAAAGUUUGCUGGACUCCAUAAAUGCACUGGUCUUAGACUUGGACUACCCAGCACUACGCAAGAACAAAAACAUCGAAACCUUCUUAAACAGAUAUGAGAAAGUCAUUAGACAGACUCGAGACCUCCAGAUGAAGUCCGAAGACUUUGACAGAGUUAAGGUCAUUGGUCGAGGGGCGUUUGGUGAAGUCCAACUGGUCCGGCAUAAAGCCUCUCAGAAGGUCUAUGCCAUGAAGCUGCUGAGCAAGUUUGAGAUGAUCAAGCGCUCGGACUCGGCUUUCUUCUGGGAAGAGAGGGACAUCAUGGCCUUCGCCAACAGUCCCUGGGUCGUGCAAUUGUGCUGUGCCUUCCAAGAUGAGCACUACCUCUACAUGGUGAUGGAGUACAUGCCAGGAGGUGACCUGGUCAACCUCACCAGCACCUACGACGUGCCGGAGAAAUGGGCAAAGUUCUACACAGCGGAGGUGGUGAUGGCCCUGGAUGCCAUCCACUCCAUGGGCUUCAUCCAUCGGGACGUCAAGCCUGACAACAUGCUGCUGGACAGGCAUGGACACCUGAAGCUGGCCGACUUCGGCACGUGCAUGAAGAUGGACUCUACCGGCAUGGUGCACUGUGACACAGCUGUCGGGACUCCAGACUACAUUUCUCCAGAGGUGCUGAAAUCCCAGGGAGGAGACGGCUAUUAUGGGAGAGAGUGUGACUGGUGGUCCGUCGGGGUCUUCAUCUUUGAGAUGCUCGUUGGCGACACACCGUUCUACGCCGACUCUCUGGUGGGAACCUACAGUAAGAUCAUGGACCAUAAAAACUCCCUCAACUUCCCAGAUGAUGUGGAGAUCUCCAAAGAUGCCAAGAAUAUCAUCUGUGCCUUCCUGACUGACAGGGAGGUGCGGUUGGGCAGAAACGGCGUGGAGGAAAUCAAGCGUCACCCUUUCUUCAAGAAUGACCAGUGGACCUUUAACACCAUCAGAGACACCGUCGCACCCGUGGUCCCAGAGCUCAGCAGUGACAUAGACACCAGCAAUUUUGACGAGAUUGAAGAAGACAAAGGCGAUGUGGAAACUUUCCCCACACCGAAGGCUUUCGUUGGAAAUCAGUUGCCGUUUGUUGGCUUUACUUACUUUAAAGAAGACCAGUUACUGAACGCUUCCAACAAUAUCUCGGUGACUCGUGAGAAUUCAAAAGGAGAGUCGGCAGCGCUGCAGAAGAAACUGCGCCUCCUGGAGGUGCAGCUCAAUAAUGAGAAGCAGGUCAAAGAUGAGAUCGAGCACAAAUACAGAGCUACCACUAGCCGCCUGGACAAAAUCUCCAAAGAGCUUGAGGAAGAGGUGAGCAGCAGAAAGAAUCUGGAGUCGAGUCUAAGGCAGCUGGAGAGAGAGAAAGCCCUGCUGCAGCACAAGAGCCUGGAGAGCCACCGCAAGGCCGAGAGCGAGGCCGACAGGAAGCGUUGCCUGGAGAACGAAGUCAACAGUCUUCGAGAUCAGCUGGAUGACAUGAAGAGAAGAAACCAGAAUUCACACAUUUCCAAUGAGAAGAACAUUCACCUGCAGAAACAGCUGGAAGAAGCCAACACAUUGCUGCGAGCCGAGUCCGAGGCGGCGACGAGGCUCCGUAAAACCCAGACAGAGAGCAGCAAGCAGCUGCAGCAGCUGGAAGCCAACGUGCGUGAGCUGCAGGACAAAUGCUGCCUGCUGGAGCGCAGCAAGCUGAGCCUGGAGAAGGAAUGCAUCAGCCUGCAGGCGGCGCUGGAGACGGAGAGAAGGGAGCACAGCCAGGGCUCCGAGACCAUCAGCGACCUGAUGGGACGUAUCUCUGGCCUGGAGGAGGAGGUACGUCAGCAGAGACAGGCUCUGUCCAAAGCUGAGACCGAGAAGAGGCAGCUUCAGGAGAAACACACGGAUAUGGAGAAGGAGAUGAGCAACAAGGAGAUUGAUUUGACUUACAAGCUGAAGGUGUUGCAGCAGGAGCUUGAACAGGAGGAGGCCUCUCAUAAAGCCACCAGGGCGCUGCUGGCAGACAAGAGCAAGAUCAAAGUAACCAUCGAGGGCGCCAAGUCAGAGUCCAUGAAGGAGAUGGAGCAGAAGCUGGCGGAAGAGCGAGCAGCCAAACUUCGGUUAGAGAACCGAAUCCUGGAGCUGGAGAAGCACAGCAGCAUGAUGGACUGCGACUAUAAACAGGCUCAGCAGAAACUAGACGAGCUGCGCAGACACAAAGAUCGACUAACUGAGGAGGUGAAGAACCUGACACUGAAGAUCGAACAGGAGUCCCAGAAGCGGAACCUGACUCAGAACGACCUGAAGGCCCAGAACCAGCAGCUCAGCUCCUUGCGAACGUCCGAGAAACAACUCAAGCAGGAAACGAAUCACCUGCUGGACAUUAAACGCAGCCUGGAGAAACAGAACCAAGAGCUGCGCAAAGAAAGGCAGGACACAGACGGGCAAAUGAAGGAAUUACAGGACCAGUUAGAAGCUGAACAGUAUUUCUCUACGCUGUAUAAGACACAGGUUCGUGAACUAAAAGAGGAGUGUGAGGAGAGGAACAAACUCUACAAGGAGGUGCAGCAGUCUGUGCAGGAGCUGCAGGAGGAGAGGGAUUCAUUGGCAGCUCAGCUCGAGAUCACGCUGACAAAGGCUGACUCAGAGCAGCUGGCACGCUCCAUCGCCGAGGAGCAAUACUCAGACCUGGAGAAGGAGAAGAUAAUGAAGGAGCUGGAACUGAAGGAGAUGAUGGCGCGCCAUCGUCAGGAGCUGAGUGAGAAGGACAUCACCAUCAGUUCGCUAGAGGAAGCCAACAGGACCCUGACCAGUGAUGUUGCCAACCUAGCCAAUGAGAAAGAGGAGCUGAACAACAAACUAAAGGAGGCUGUAGAAGAAUCAGAGAAGUCAAAGGAUUGGGAGCUGCAGAUCAGCCAGAUGAAGCAGACGUUUGAGAAGCAGCUGCAGUCAGAGAGGACACUAAAAACUCAGGCCGUCAAUAAGCUGGCAGAGAUCCUGAACAGGAAGGAGGUUCGUGGCGGAGGCAGUCGCCGAGGUAACGACACGGACAUGCGGCGGAAGGAGAAGGAGAACAGGAAGCUGCAGUUGGAGCUGAGGUCGGAGAAGGAAAAACUCAACAGCACCAUCAUCAAAUACCAGAGAGAAAUUAACGAAAUGCAGGCGCAACUGGCGGAUGAGAGCCAGAUGCGUAUCGAGCUGCAGAUGGCUCUGGACAGCAAGGACAGUGACAUCGAGCAGCUCAGGAACCUCCUGCAGUCGCUAAGUGUUCAGUCACUGGACUCCGCCAGCGUCAACAGCGGGCCGGAGUUUGACACUGAUGACGCAUUCACAGAAAUGAGGCUGGAGGGCUGGCUCUCUCUCCCUGUAAGAAACAACACCAAGAAGUUUGGAUGGGAGAAGAAGUACGUUGUCGUGAGCAGCAAGAAGAUUCUCUUCUACAACAACGAGCAAGACAAAGAGCAGUCCAUUCCCUACAUGGUGCUUGAUAUAGACAAACUCUUCCAUGUGAGGCCCGUCACUCAAACAGAUGUGUACCGUGCUGACGCCAAAGAGAUUCCAAGGAUAUUCCAGAUUCUUUAUGCCAAUGAGGGCGAGAGCAAAAAGGAGCCAGAGUUUCCCGUGGAGCCGCUGGCCAUCGGAGAGAAGUCCAGCUACAUCUGCCACAAGGGCCACGAGUUCAUCCCCACGCUGUACCACUUCCCCACCAACUGCGAGGCGUGCACCAAGCCGCUGUGGAACAUGUUCAAGCCGCCGCCCGCUCUCGAGUGUCGGCGCUGCCACAUCAAGUGCCACAAGGACCACAUGGACAAGAAGGAGGAGAUCAUCGCUCCGUGCAAAGUCAACUAUGACGUGUCUACGGCCAAGAACCUGCUGCUGCUCGCCAUAUCCCAGGAGGAGCAGCAGAAGUGGGUGAGCCGACUGGUCAAGAAAAUCCCCAAGAAGCCUCCGCCGCCAGAGCACUUUGCACGCUCCUCGCCACGAGCCUCCAUGAAGGUCCAGCCCAGCCAGUCCUUGAGAAGGCCCAGUCGACAGCUCCCCACCAGCAAGAGCAGCCCUCGCAGGUCAAACGGCUUCAAAAUGAGACGAGAAGAAUCCCACAGUGGACACUGGUACAAUUGAUGACUUCUCCCACCCCUGUUCUUCCUUUGCCCAGACGUUUCCCUGUAAAACACCUCAAUUCCUGAAUGUGUUUAACCUUGCUUGGGAGUGUGGCGCAUCGUCAUGGUGGCGGGCUGUGUUUCAUCAUAAAAUCAAAAGACUGUACACAAAGCUCCGUUUGCAGAACAGCACACUGAACCUCCACGUCACUUCUCCACAACCCACCCUGUCGUGCUUCAGCCUGUGAGAGUUACAAAGUCUGUUUUUCCCUUUUGUUGAACUCCUUUCCCAGCCAAUUGAAGCGGUAACGACUAUCAAACUCAACCCCCUGUGUGAUCUUUUCACCCAGCUGGAUGGCUUGUAAGCAUAUUAGCCGAAGUCUUCUCUCGGGCUCUUGACUAGAGCGAUUACUUGUCUCUGGGGGGGGGCCCACAGACCAGAAGAGAGCUCUUAUGCGCCCAACCAGGGAUGGCGAGAAGGAGAUACACUUACCUCAACACUUCUCACCAGGACACACUGUCUGAUUGAAGGACCUAACAGGAAAACACUCAACUCUUCCUCACCACCUAUGGGGAUUCUCGUGGCCAAAUAAUAAAUAAAAAAAGACUUCUUGUGUUUAAAUGAUUGUGAACAAUAUGAAGGGUUUAAUGGGGAACACUACACUCAGAAUAUAGUUCUGUAAUUUGUCAGCUGAAUGCAGCUGAGGUCGUUCAUGAACAUGAUCCCAGAGACAAGCAUCUGGACUUUGGCUUAUUCAAUCUCUUUAACAUAUUGAUUGUAGCUUCUUGCUUCCCACGAUUCUGCUUUCAGGUGCACGUCCACACGGGUCAUAGAAACUUGAAUGAGGUACUUAAAGCAAACGAGCUGCGACUUCUAGUAAAGUCAACAAGGUGAAGAAGGAGCGUCAGAUUCCACCAGGAUUUGAGCAAAUAAUUCCUCGAGCACCUCUUAUUCAAAUUUCUGACUCAGGCACGCUCCGAAUCGCCGGUUUGUCGUCGUAUGACUAUAGUAACGGUUAUAAGUGAACAGAAUCCUGCUCUGAAUGGUAUUAGAUGAAGGCCCAGACAUGAGAUCCUCACAAUUCAAUAAUCUUUCAAACCUGCACUGUCAUGUUAUGAGGGUUAAUGUUUACUGAAUACAAGGGGUGCACCGUUAAUGCUUUUCUGAUCCGAGCUUGGCUCCUUUUGUUGUUUUGAAUGUACAUCUGGACUUUACCAGAGACGACACGCAGGCAUUGUAUUACUUCUAUCCAAAUAUACUUGACUGAAGCCCCUUUUCAUCACCAACUACUCUGAGUGAACUUGCAUGUGUUUGCCUUUUCAGGCCUCACACUUAAGUGCUGUCACCCACAGGCCUCCACCUAUUAUGAAAUUUAGUUUUUUAGUAAUUUUCCUUAAAAUGAAAUAAAUAAAUAAGAGCUGAAUCAACCAGUAAGAAGCAGAAAUAAUGAAGGUAUGCAAUCAUUUCCCAUGAGUCAAAAUACUGAGCAGCACUAUUCCAUUGAAAGUUUUUCUAAAAGUGUUUGUCCUGAUAUUUUUGUAUUAAAAGUAACCAAACUCUGA